AUGGAUGUGCUGAGAAGAGGCGACACGCUAAACCCGAGGGUUAAAAGGAGCAGGAGCAUAAUCCAAAGGGACGAAAGAAACCAGGAACACAGCAGUGGCAGCAACCAUCAGCAACUCGUGAUUUAUGGGAAUUCUUUCAAAAACAAUUCGCUAGGGUACGCAUGGAAUGCAUACUUUGAUAAAAACAAAAUAAAGAAGAAUAUUAUGGUAUGCUGUGAUUUAAGUAAGAUUUGCGAAGACAUCUUGAAAGGAGUUGAGAACAACAGCUUGACUAUUAAAACGUUUUCCUUUUUGCUCAUUGGGGUGUGUAAUAUAUACAAAAAGAAGGUGUAUUUUAUUGGUCAAGAUUACGAUUUUUUAAAAAGGAAGAUCCUGUCCCUGUACAAAAAUAAGGACAAUGAAUUGAACGACUUGAUGGUAACUGGUAAGGAUUCGAAGAGAAGAAAAUUAGGAAAAGACAACGAAGAUGAUAAUAACAAAAGUGGAAAUAAAAAGAGGCUAAAUAGAAAUUCACUCAAUAUAAAGAGGGGUUCCAUUGGCUUGAACGAAUUAAUCCCAUCCGUAAUUGACAAUUUUACGGGAAGAAAAUCUCGCUUUUCUUUGAAUGCUGAUGAGAUAAGUAUUGCCGGGACAGAGCACAGCAGUUACAAUGACAUGUUUAACGAGAACGAAAUGAAUAAUCAGAUGCUUCUGGAGAUUUCCGGCCUGAACUACCUAAACUUUGACCACGAAAAUGAAGACACGGAGAAUGACAAUGGUAAUGGUAUUAGCGAUGUUAAUAAUAACUACAUGGGUGGAAAUAAUGGAAGCACCAGCAAUCGUAGUAGUGUUCACAGCAGUAUGGGUCACUACCACGACAUGGAGAAGGCAUUAGAGGGUUCGUACAUUUCUAGGAAUAGCAUCCCGAUGAACAAUUUUGAUGGGCUGCAUCUGAAUAGGGCACUAUCUGAAUCGUUUCACAACCCUAUGGAUAAUUUGAACUUGGAAAACUCUAUAUUGAACAAUAUGAUCCCGAAGAACAUGUUUUCUAAUUUGGAAAACUCCAUGAAUGAGAGGGGCAGCAUGAUGGGUGAAUUUAACGACUUGGAGUUUAACUCUGUGCAUAGGAGUGACGGUUUGAGCUCUGUGAAUCGAUUCAACGAUGGGAUGGAUAGAGGCGAGAAUUCUGGUGUGAAUCCUGAUGGUAGUACAGAGAAGAGGAACCUCCAGAACGAGUUCUCCAACGUGGGAGGUGAACAAGGAUUUCAUCAGCACUUUGGAAACUUGAACGUACAGGGAAAUGAAAACGGAAAGGGGGUGAACACAAAUGAUGGCAAACCAUUGACUAAUAACUUUAAUGGGAUGAUGAGCACAUCUAGGGAUUUUCCAAACAUGCCAUACAACGUGUCUCCAGGAAACAACCAUUUCAUGGGAAGGUACCAUAACAUGAAUAAUGCAUCUAUGCAUAACAGAAACGAUUUGUACAAUUUGAAUCCGUUUAUGAGCAUGCAUUCAAUGAAUAACAAUAAUAUGGACGGUAGAAAUAGUUAUGCUCCUUACUCACAAAGGAUUCCAAAUCAUAACACUUUUGGAGACUUAGAUGUGAUGAGUAACGUCAUGGUGGGUAGCAUGUUCACUCCCCAGAAGAAGAGAAAUCUGUCCAAGAAGAAUGCCUACUUGGGAGCCCUAAACUUUGAGUCGUAUCAGAAUUUUGAUUAUUUCCACCAGAAGGAUGACGAUGCUUUUAUUAAAAAGUUGAACACGUUGCUUGGGUUGGAUGACGAUGAGAAUGAGGGGAAAGGGGGCGAAGACGGGGAAGAAGGGGAAGAGGAGGAUGACGUGCAUUUAGCGCAAGGGGAUAAUGCAAAUAGGGGAACUGCAUCCGAGGGACAGACGGGGAACUCCAAAACGGGAGAUAAUGACAAAUGUGGAAAUGAGCAAAUAGUUCUGAACGAUGAGGGAGAGAAGGAUAAGGAGGGAGGUUCUCUUCUGAAUGGAUCCACCAGUAAUCAGCUGGUAGGGAAGAAAAGAAAACUAGAAAAACACAUUAUUGAUAAAAAUUAUAUGAUAAAGGAUACGGUGAUGAAGGGGAUGCUGAAAAACGAAAGUGUAAGAACUGUGCAAAAGUUGGAAAUAAAUUUUGGGUACGAAUCUCAAGAUUGUGAGAAGAAGAAAAAAACUCUCGAAAAUUAUUUAACGUGCUCAGUGGGUAACAGGUCCUUUUUAUAUGAAAAUAAAAACGUGUUUGAUCAUUUUAGUAUGAAAAAAUGUUUGGAUAACAUCGACGAGAGUAUGGCAUCUAACGAGAACGAGACGCUGUCGAACCACUUCCUAUCAUUUGACGGGGAACACGAAGUAGGGACCAUGAAAAGUGACAACAAUAUGAUGCAUUUCGAGGAGGUGCGAGAGCAAAUUGGUGGGAUGCAAUUUGACCUACCGAAUGAGAACCACCCGAAUGGGUACAAAAAUCGGUUCAACAUGGACCCGUCUCUAUCCCAGCACGAGCAGAUAGAUCUAAAUUUGAACGAUUUGAAUAUUAACGAUAUGAGCAUUAACGAUAUGAGUGUUAACGAUAUGAGUGUUAACGAUAUGAGUGUGAACGAUAUGAGUGUGAACGAUAUGAGUGUGAACGAUAUGAGUGUGAACGAUAUGAGUGUGAACGAUUUGAAUGCUAACGAUUUGAAUGCUACCGAUUUGAAUGCUAAGGACCUCCCUUUUAAGGACGACAUGGGUUCUAGAUUGCACCUGGGGGGUCAGAUGUCCAAAAGUUUGGUGGCUUACGGAGAAAACGGUAGCGUGGAGAAAAAUGACGAAUUAGACAUGAAUGGGAAUUUCCUAAAUGACCGACUCAAUUCUGAAUUCACCCCCUCGUCGGCUUCCCCCCUCCUGGAUUUGUCCAUGAACUCCAAUUUUAACUUUUCUGAUGUUUUCACCAAGGACAAUGAAAGCUCAGUGCUGGAAGAUAACAGUGUGAAAGUGGAUAUAAAUCUGAACCAGGACUUUGACUUAAUUGCCAAGGAGUUGCUUGAGGUGUACAAGAAUUUAUCGACAAAAAUUAACUACAUCUUUUUUGAUCUCAUUACGAAGAAUAGACAAUCCAAGGAUGAAGUAGCUGUUUUGUUUUACAUCACAUUGCACUUGGCAAAUUUGGGGUACUUAAACAUAGUGCAGAAGCCGAUUCUUGCGGACCAGCUGGGUUCCUAUGGGGAGAAUUGCUCGAGGCCGAUCCUCAUUCAGUACAUGGGUCAGAGGGACAACUGA